GGUGGGUCUGCUGACUAAUGAUUCAUGUUUGAAUUGUCAGACAGAAGCAGGAACAUUUCUGCAUGCAAAUCUGGGAAUGUAAAUUGGUCAACCCAUUUUGGAAAAAGUUGUGGAUCACAUAGAUACUGCUAUAAUUAAACCAGAGUGGAGCAUCCAUUAUCCUUACCAAAGGAGGAUUAAAUUUUUCUUAUUGGGUUAUUAGUAUUCAAUUAUGGCAGCCUAGACACCUUCAAAAGGGAUGUCCAAGAUGGGGGGAGGGGUUUGAGAGUAUAUAUCCCUUGGUCUGUGUGUGUGUGUGUGUGUGUGUGUGUGUGUGUGUGUGUGUGUUUGGGCUUGAGAUACUUAUUUAAUUUCUAAUGUUAGUACACAUAAUCACUUACCACAUGUUUAAGUUUAAAUGGCUAGUUGAUUUAUUAGACAUGUCUUCGCUAAAUAUACAAGGUAAUAAAGUGUGUACUGAUCCUGGGUGAUGUGACCACAGGGUAAUAUUCUGAUUAUUGAUUUAAGGAUGCAUUUUGAUAAAAUUUUAAUAGAAUAGUCCAUCCUUUUUUCUGCACAGGAUGUGUUUUGUUGGCCGUACAUUCACUGGGACUCUUACUGAAAGGUUCAGAGGUAGCACUCACUGCUAGGUACAGGUAAAAUCCACCCAGGUGUUAAGUCUGGGCUACAUGUAGGAAACAGGUUGUUGGAAGAAAAGAAAUGACGUAUCCCCAGGCACGUCAUGCAGUUUGUAUCCAGUACAGUGUAAUGAUAGUGGUUACUGGACUGGUAAUUAAGUUUCACACUUAGCCAAGCUUCACUUUCUUUUUUCGGUCUCUUUACUGUUUCUGUUUUUUGAUUUGAGUUGAUUAUCUGUUGCAGUGUGAGUGAGUGUGUCGGUGUGAGAAAGCAAGACCUUGGGUUUUCUCAAACCCCUCUCCCUUUGACGGACAUUUCUUUUGCCUUAUAUUUCUAAACUUAAAUCCAAAAAUGGAAACACUUGUUCAACUCAAAAAUAACCCGUUCUUAAUGGGGCUGUGUCGCAAUGGGCCCCCACCUGACCUGCAAUAUGAUAACUCCUCAGAGCUCUUCCGCAUCUCUACCUUCGCCCGAUUCCCAGCUUCAGGAGUCACAGAGCGAAGUCUGGCGAGAGCAGGCUGGUUCUACACUGGCGUGGGCGACCGGGUGCAGUGUUUCAGGUGUAACGUGACAGCAGAGGGCUGGCAGGCCGGAGACUGUCCAACAGAGAAACACAGGCAGCUUUCUCCUUCCUGCUCCUUCAUCCAGAGCCUUCCUUCUACAGCCAACUUGCUCUCCUCCUCUCACUCCGCCUUCUCCCCACUACGCAUUGCUCCAGCCAUGCCACUUUCUGGUCCAGGCCCAGCCGCUCCUAAUCCGACAGUAAGCCAAGGUGAUGAGCCAGUCUACCUAAAUAUGGGCUUCUCCGCUCCACCGCCCUCCAGCCCACUCAGCUCUCGUGGCGUAGAGGACAUGUCCCACCAGAGACCAACAUGCCACAACCCUAGCAUGCGCAGAGAGCAGGACCGCCUGGACUCCUUCCACCCCUGGACACUCUCCAUUAUAACUCCCGCUGAGCUCGCCAAGGCGGGCUUCUACUACCUGGGCCAGGGCGACAGAGUGGCCUGCUUCAGUUGCGGAGGACAGUUGAGUAACUGGGAGCCAGGUGACAGAGCCGUAUCCGAGCACCAGAGGCAUUAUCCAAACUGUCGUUUUGUGCGGGGGGACAGAGCAGACAACGUGUCGCUGGCUGGAGCUGCGUCCGGAGGAGUUACUUCCCAGCUGUCUUCUGGAGCCCCAGCUCUCAGUAAUGUGUCCAACCCUGCCAUGCAGCAGAGCGAAGAGAGGCUGCUCACUUUUGUCAACUGGCCGUCUCGUAUCCCUGUUCGGCCCGACCAGCUGGCUAAAGCUGGCUUCUACUAUGUCGGUCGUAACGAUGACGUCAAGUGUUUCUGCUGCGAUGGCGGCCUGCGAUGCUGGGAGUCCGGAGAUGACCCUUGGGUGGAACAUGCAAAAUGGUUCCCUCGGUGUGAAUAUUUGCUCCAGGAGAAGGGACAAGAGUUUGUUCACCAGAUUCAGGCUCGCUUCCCGCGGCUGUUUGAACAGCUCUUAACAAAUGGAGACAGCAGCUCCAGAGAGUUUGUGGAUCCACCUGUUGUUCACCUCGGUCCAGGAGAGGAGCGGUCUGAGGAUGCUGUCAUGAUGAACACCCCCGUGAUCAAGUCUGCUUUAGAGAUGGGCUUUGAGCGUAGUCUAGUCAAGCAAACAGUACAGAGCAAGAUCCUGACCAGUGGAGAGAACUACAGAACAGUCCAGGAGCUGGUUUCAGACCUGCUGAGUGCCGAGGACCAGAAGAGGGAGGAGGAGCGAGAGAUGCUGGCGGAGGCGAUGGCAUCAGAUGGUUUCACCUUUGUGAAGAGACACCAGGCAGCGCUGAUUCAGCGACUGAAGAGUGUGGAGCCAGUGUUGGACCAUUUAAGAGAGCAAAAUGUCAUAUCAACAGAGGACUAUAGUGGUCUCAAAGCUCAGACGUCGGCUCAGCAGCAAACCGCCAGGCUGAUAGAGCUCAUCCUCACCAAGGGAAACGCAGCAGCCGAGGUCUUCCGCAACUGGAUCCAGAAAAACGACGUGCACCUGCUCAGAGAUCUCAUGGCUCAAUCAAAUGAAGCUGCAUCACCGAGUCAAGACCUAUCAGACCUGCCCAUGGAGGAGCAGCUGCGGCGCCUGCAGGAGGAGCGAACCUGCAAAGUGUGUAUGGACAAAGAGGUCAACAUCGUCUUCAUCCCAUGUGGACACCUGGUGGUGUGCAAAGAGUGCGCGCCAUCGCUGCGAAAGUGCCCCAUAUGCAGAGGCCUGGUUAAAGGCACGGUCCGAACCUUCCUCUCAUAACCAGCAGUCUCAUGUGUCACAGCGAUGUGAUUAAGUGAAUGUAAGCAAUACCAUAUAAACUUAUAUUUAUUGAUUAAAGCAGGAAGGUGGUUCAUCUUUUCUUUUGUGCCUCUGUGAUAUAUCUUACCAUGUUAAUCCUUUUUCUACAUUUAUCUUAAUAAUUACAUAUCACUGAACAAUGGAACUUUAUCUGACAGAUGUAAGAAUACACUAAGUAAUACUCUUAAUAUUAAUCAAGGCUAUUAAUGGGUAUAUUUCCACAUUAUUGCUUAAUACCACAACAUAGGAAAAUGUUUGAAAAAUAUAAUCUGAUCAGUGCAUUGACCUGUGUUCUGUUAUUACAAUAAACUUAACAUAUUCAAAACUGAACUUC